AUGAUCACUCCUAUCGUUUACUUCUCCCUACUCGUAUCUUUGACUGUCGGACAAUCCUGUUCUGGAACCAAAUAUAAUCAAAUGAAUGGCUUGUGUCCCGGUGGAAUGACUCGUUUUGGAUCUUACUGUUGUCCCAAUGAUUGCUAUUCCGCUUCUCAGUGCACAGAUCUAGGGAAGAACGGGCAGCCAGGCCAAUCCGAUUGUCCAAACCGUACUGCUUACUGUUCGAAUUCUGCUUAUAGAGUCCUCAUGCAACAACAGUGCCCAUCUACAUGUGGCUGGUGUUUAUGCGAAGAUAAGGUUAAUCCUCAAACUGGAAGAUCUGACUGUGCCAGUAUGAAGUCAUAUUGUACUAACAGUCUCUAUGCUUCAUUCAUGAAAACCGAGUGCCCAGUAACAUGUGGAUACUGCCGUUGA